AUGCCUCGUGGAGCGGCCGCGUCGUGGCUGCUCGCGUGGAUUCGUGCGAGGCGGGAAAUGGCUUGCCAGUGUCGAGUCACGGCGACGGCGGCGCGGCCCGCGCCCAAGCCUGUGCGUAGCAGGGGGCGCUGCCGCCCGACGGUGGUGUGCUGCCUUGAUGAGGGCCGGAGCGCAUCCACACUGAAGACUCGUGUCUGCGACGCGGCGACGGUCGGGGUUCUCAGCCUCUCGAUCGCCCUGGGCGCGGGCGCUCCGGCGGUCGCGGCUGGGCUGGAGAGCGUGGAGUCGCCCUUCGCGUUCGAGGUGCCCGGGGGAAUCAGCGACAUGCGCAAGAAGGCUGCUGCGGCCGACGCCGCUGCGGAAGAGGCGUUCCAGAACUCCGACCUCCUCCGCUCGCUCAAGGAGAAGUCCGAGGCGAACAAGUCGGACAACAAGCGCUCAAUUGAGGACAAGUAUUGCUACAGGCAGGCGGAGCUGGGCAUCGGCGACUGCGGCGGCCUGCGGUACCUGCAGCCGAAGAAGAAGCCGCCCAAGUUCAUUAUGGACCUCUUCGGGCUCACCGACGAGGACUACGAGGUCGCCGACAUCGAUAUCCCGGGCUUCAAGUUCCCCGAGUAG